UACCGUCUCACCUCUCGGUCAAAGAACAGAAGAAUUAAUUUUUCAGUGGGAUAGAUACUGCGAAUACUGCUUGCUGUCUACACGCGCAACAACUUUUCUUCUCUCGGCCCGACCGGCGCCGCAGAGCCGCGUGUCGGCGCCGAUGAUGCCACCGUAGUACGUACUGCCGUCCGGCCUCCUUCUUUAUUUAACGGCUCGACCCGGCUUCCCGCCCCUUGGUCGUUUUAAACAGCGCGAGGAUAUUACAUUACACUACAUACAUAUAUGUACACGAUGAUGGUGCCGACGCGGAACGGUGAACCGGAGGAAAUGGGCAUGGAGGACGAGGAGCGCGCGCCGGCCACGCGGAGUGGUGGCGGCGGGACGAGCAGGAGCCACAGCGAGGCGGAGCGCAAGCGGCGGCAGCGCAUCAACGCCCACCUCGCCACGCUGCGCAGCCUCCUCCCGUCGGCUUCCCAGAUGGACAAGGCGGCGUUGCUCGGGGAGGUGGUGAGGCACGUGCGGGAGCUGCGGGACCGCGCGCCGGCAGGCGAGGCAGGAUUCCUCCCGGGAGAGAGCGACGAUGUCGGCGUCGAGGAGGAGGAGCAGCACUGGGACGCCCGGGGCUCCGGGGAGAUCAGGACGAAGCGGCCGGUCAGGGCGUGGGUGUGCUGCGCCGACCGCCCGGGGCUCAUGUCUGAGCUGGGGCGCGCCGUGCGGUCGGUCAGCGCCAGGGCGGUGCGCGCGGAGAUCGCCACCGUCGCCGGGAGGACGCGAAGCGUCCUGGAGCUGGACGUCGGGCAGGCCGUGGGCGCGUCCCGGCCGGCGCUGCAGGCGGCGCUCCGUGCAGUGCUGCUCGGCCGAAGGGAGGAGCUGCUCGCCCUGGAGAGCGGCUACAAGAGGCAGCGCUUCUCGGCGCUCAUCUCCGAGGUUUAGGUAGCUGAGGGGCCUGGUGAAGUGGUGAUGAACAGUAUUGUGGCAUGUUUACCUUUUAAUUAGAUCCAUCACCCCUGUAGUAUGUUGUGUACCACAGAAUUAACUUUGAUCCGUUGUUUCUCAUUC